AUGUUUAUUCUAACCACGCUUCUGUCACUGCUCGCCUUCACGGCGGCCGCCCCCUCUAAGAGUGGUGGCUCAAAAGAUGCUUAUUUUUACAAAGGCCAUGAUUUGAGCUCGCUUAAGCUUCUGGAGGAUGCCGGGAACUUCCAUUAUGUCGAUACAGCCCGUAACAACGUGACACGGGCCGCAGAUGACAUCCUCGGCGAUGGUGGCAUGAACGGAGUCCGCCUCCGCCUCUGGGUCAACCCCUCCGACGGCGUCUACGGAUUAGACUACAACCUCAACCUGGCCAAGCGGUUCCAGAGCAAGGGAUACCGCCUCUAUCUCGACUUCCACUUCGCCGACAGUUGGGCGGACCCGCAGAAACAGCCUAUCCCGGCCGCAUGGCCGACAGAGCUGAAGCCGCUGUCACAGACACUGAGGAAGUACGUCCGCGACACUCUGAUCGCUUUCAAGAAGGCUGGUAUCAAUCUCGAUAUCGUGUCGCUGGGCAACGAGAUCCGCCACGGCUUCCUGUGGCCCACGGGCUACGUCGACAUCGACAUCCAGCCCUACCACGCCCUGGUCAAGAACUUCACCAACGUGGCGACGCUGUACAAGGCCGCGCGGGCCGGCGUCGACGACGCGGUGGCCAAGGGCUUCAACAGGCCCAAGCAGAUCAUGAUCCACCUCGACAACGGCUGGAACACCACGUUCCAGACCCGCUGGUACUCUGCGCUCUUCGACAACGGCGUCAAGACCUCUGACGUCGAUGCCUUCGGCGUCAGCUUCUACCCGUUCUAUGGCACCUCGGCCACGCUUGACAACCUGCGCGACAGCCUGAACACGCUGGCCAAGAAGUACGGCAAGCCGGUUCAGGUGGCCGAGACGGACUACCCGGCUAUCUGCGACGGGCAGUACAACCCGAUCCCGGAGUCUUCGGAGCCGGAGAUCCCGUACAACGUGGACGGACAGGUCGAGUGGAUGGGCAAGGUCAUCGAUGUGGUACAGAGCGUGCCCAAGGGGCUCGGACAGGGUGUUUGGUACUGGGAGCCGACCUGGUUGAACAACACGUCCCUCGGGAGCAACUGCACGGAUGCGUUGUUGUUCUAUCCCGACUACAGCAAGUGGCCUGAGACGACUGGCUACUCACGCAAGUCGGUCAACUUCUACAAGUAA